AUGGGAGGACAGGAACCUUUAUAAGAUGAGAAGCUUAAGACUAAGUUCAUUGGCUUUAUUAAAAAGCUAGACCAAACGAAUUCGAUUAAAACACGAAUUUAAGUCAUUAGAGAUGUUGAUCAGUUGAUUUAAAAAAAGAACCAAAAACAGCAAAAGCAAUAUAAUCAGUAAUAGCAGCAUUUUCUAAAUACACCAGGAAGUGGAGGAAAUCAGUAGCUAUCACAAGAUUUUGUAUAAUCAGCUUAAUUUGAAUUCCCAUUUGAUCUCAGUAUAAUAAUAGUCAAGGUCUAAGAUCUCGUUCUCAACGCAAAUGGCCUUAAGAAGGAUCAGAAAAUUGACGUGGAAAAUUAGAGAUGUUUGGUCUAUAAAUUUCCUCAAUUUUUCCUCAAUUUCAUGGAACAGUUUUAAGAUACAUAAGCCAAGUUAAAGGUAAAUCUAUUCUCCUCUCUUAACCAUAUUAUGCUAGAUUAUAACCCUAAGGCAUUUACUGAACCCUAAACUCUGUCUCUAUUACUUAGGAUUUCAUUAGUCGGCAUUACUAGUGUGAAUUUAAACUAAACAGAAAAUGCCCUAGAAGUGAUAUAAAUUCUAUAAUAUCUUCUUAAGUACAAUGACUUUUCUCCUAAACUGUUGAACGCAUCGUUAAUGACAAUGUGUGUGCUUUCUAAUAGAGACCCAUUUACUUAUCCUGUUUGGAAUAUUCUCAAGCAUAUAAUUAUUUAAGACAAGAAAUUUAUCUUCUAAGAGUUGCUUGAAAUUUUACAAAUUACUUUGAAAUGUUAAUAUUUUGAGAAGAAAGAUUAGAUUACCUAUUAGUUAGCUAUUAGGAAAGAAAUUUAAUUAUAAUGUUUCAAGGAGUUAAUGAACAGCAUGGUAAUUGAAUUGGAUGAUCUCCAGCAGAAUUUAAAUACUACAACUACUACAGUAAGAGAUUCUAAUGAUUUAACUGAUCCAAAAUAAAAUCCAAGAAUGACGAUCCACGAGCUUAUUUGCAAAAAUAAAUGUGACUUGAAAUUUUAUGAUUAUGACUUAUAAGAGGAUAUUAUCAGACUUGAAAAAUUGUCGUAGAAAGCUUUUGCUAUUGAUAAAAAUAAGCUUAAAGAAUUGAUGGGUAUUCUACUGAAUGAUAGAACUUUAUGGAUUAGUACAUUUGAAAAAAAUAUUGAUAGAGUCCAAAAGGGGGCAAUAUAUUUUGUUGGGAGAAUUUUAUGGAGUCAGGAAAAAAUUGAGGAAUUAAACUAUCCUCUUUCGUAAAUUUUGACUGUAUUCAAUGAUUUGAUAAAUGAAAAAUCAAAAUUCAACGUCAUUAAUGAGAUUUUAGGAGCAACCAAGCAACUUGUUGGUCUCAAAUAUUAGUCUUUGUAUUAUGAAUGGCAAGGUAUUCUUAAUAUACUAGACUCUCUUACCAGAUAUAUUGAGGACCUAAAUAACAAGAAAAGGAUGGAUUCUAUAUUCGAUAUGUUUAAAAUUAUUAGAAACUUAAUGUUGAUAGAAAAAUUCCCAGAUUUUCUAGAAGAAUCAUGUCUGACUAAUGAAAAAAGUGCUGAGAUUAGAUCUUUGUUCUUAGAUAUGGUUUCAAGCUUUUAUGAGGAUUGUGAAGAUCCUAGCAUUUAUACUUUACUCGAAGCAGUUUUUGCUAAUAACAUCGAGUAUUUUUAUUUAACUAGGAAAGAUGGAUCCUACACGACUGCAUAAAUUAUACAGAUAAUAGACAUUUUGAUAAUAAUGGGAUGUAAAACUUAAAAAUCAACUAACUUUAGACAUCUAAUGCAAAUAUUAUCCGAGUGCAUUAAUUGCUUUGAAUUUGACAAGUCCAAUAUGUAAAAUGACAUUAGUAUUGCAGGCCAUUCAAAUAUAUAAUAAAUUAAGCAGAACUUUUUAAACAAGGGCACAGUAAAUUAUCUAAACAGUGAGCAAAUAAAAAUGAAAAGUUUCUAACAACAUGCUCUAACAAGACUUAUUUAGAUAUUUAUAUUAAAGUCUUCGUCAGUUGAGUAUGAAAAAGCUAUUUAUGUUUAUAACAUUCUUCUUACAACUUUAAAACUUCAAUCUAAUGAUAGAAGAAAUGUCAUCUGCAUUGAUUUAUUAGCCAAUCUUAAAGUAAAUACAUAUAAAGAAUUGUGCUGGAUGACUACUGAUAAUCCAAUAUUUGUUGACAUUAAAAAACUAAAUAUGGAUACAUUUGAGGGUAAUGAUUUUAGAUCUUAGAGUGAUAGUUAAGGUAAUAGCAGUGGAGGAAGCAAUUAUAGUGAAGAUAGAUUGACUAUUUUAUUAAGAGCCUCAAGAGAGGCAAGUCAAACUUAAAUAGGAAGAUCAUCAUUAAAUAAACUUCUAGAAGAAAAAUACAUAAUUUAAAACACAUUGAAAGCAAUCAUAUCAUGUCUUGAAGAUGAUACUACGUCAAGUGAUAUUAAACUUUCAUGCCUCAAGCUCUUUAAUAAAUUUGUCAUUUACAUUUAAGAAGAUGACUUCUUAAAUCUUGAAUUGUUGGAGCACGAUUAGUAAUAAAAUAAACAAGCACUACUAGAUGGAAAAUCAGAAUGGAUCAGAAUAGUCUAAAUCCUUCUCAAGCAUUUUGAUCCAAUUGAAGAACCAGAAUUUUCUUUUAUCAUUCUUGAGAUAUUUUACUCGUUAUUAGGUUUACAAAAUUAUGAAUCUUCAUAUCCAAUACUUUCAAAAGAACUUCAUCAGCUAAUUCUUGAGAAUUUAAUAAGAACUCUCAGCUAUAUCUAAAAUUAUCUAGCAAGAUGCACAAAAAUCAUGGUCAAAUUCAUGAAAAAAGUGAUAUCUUUGAUUGGUUUUUGCUUUAUCAACGAGAGUUAAGUUGACUAAUCGAUUUGGAUGUAAAUAAUCAAUUAAAAUUUACAAAUAAAGCUGGCAGGAUCGGAUUAAAAAGAUCAUAGAUUAAUUGAGUAUUUAAUUGAUCAACUUUCAAUAGUAGUUAUGAACGACCUUACACUUCCAAAGCUAAGUUAAAGUUUACUGGUUUGUCUAUAAAAUAUUAUUGAUUCAAUAAAGGAUAACUAGGACUCAUUAUUGAGAAACACUUUGAUAACUGACUAUCUACUGUUUCUUAAUAUAAGAAUAAUGUUUCCAUAUAUGCUUAGUAAAUGUGAAAUGGCUGAUCCUAUUUAUAGAAUCAAGAAUAAUAUUCAUAGAAUGAAUAAGAAUCUGAAAAUUAUUUUCAAGGAAUAGUUUUUAUUUGAUGAGCUUUUGUAUCUUUAUUACAUUUUGAAUAAUCAAGACAAUAACUUUGUUAAGAUUUCAUUGAUGGUCUCUAACAUAGCAAAUCUAACAUCUUUUUGUAAAAAUGAGGACAGUUUGAAUGCAAUUAUUACUUUAGUUGGCUAGAAAACUAUAAUUCCAGAUAGAGAGAAGUUUGGAAAGGAAAAAAAUAAAGAACUUAGAAAGAUUGAAAAAAUCAAUCAAUGCAUGAUUGAUUGCUUGACUACACUUAUUUUAUGGCAAAGUCAUAGUGUUUACGAUCGUAACUGCGAUAUUUAAUUCUAAAUUGACAAUUAAGAGAGACCAGAGAGCAUCCACCAUUUUAUAUGGAACAGAAAUAUUAUAUCAAUGAUUUAAAAUGACAAUAACUACGACAUAUAUAUUAGAAAUCCCGUUUAUAACUACAGAGCCUAAAUAAAUGUUAGUAACAAUAGACAGCAAAUAUCAAACGGUGACUUUACUUAAAUAAAUAAGUUGAAGUAACUGAUUAAAGGAGAAAAAGAUGUUCUCAAAAGUAAUGGAGAUUCUAAAAAGCAAAAGGAACUUAUGUAAUGUGAGGAUGAUUAGAUGUUGAGAAAUUAUCUCUAAAUUCUUGACUAAAUUCAACCAAAAGAUUUCUAUGCAAUAGGUGUUUAUUAUAUCCCAAAGAAUACCAAGCAAGAAUCCUUCACCAAUCUCUCAUAAAUUUAGAUAAACCCUUCAAAAGUAUCAAAGAGUCAUAUGCACUUCCUAAGCAUGCUCGGAUAGAUUGGAAAUGCAAAAGAAAAAACAAAAAAUAAUCACUUAUAUCUAAAUGCAAUUAUUGAUUGUAAAGAAGACAUUGAUAUAAUUGUAAAUGAGGAUAAUUUAAACUUUACAAGAGGUAGAGCCAAAUAAUUUGGCGAUUUAAGAAUGAGCAAGCCAGGACAUUAAAAAUAAAAACCCUCAACUGGAGGAAAUGCAGGGGUUACAAAUAGUAAUUAAUCUAUAAGUAUUAGCAAUUCUCAGUCAUACCAGCAAGAACCAAGACUUGGAAAAUUUAAAUCUGAAAUGUUCAUUGCUGACUUAGAAGAUGCUAGAGAUACUCCAAGGGAGUAGCCAAAGCUAAUUCAUCAAUAUUCAAGUAACACCACCCAGCAAAGCACUGAUUUAAACAAGGAAAAGAAAUUUUAUAAUGGAUUUAGUUGUGAUUAUGCAAUAAUUCAUAAGAAUAAAGUUGGUGAUUGGGUUAAAAAGAUUAGCAUCUUGAAUGAUUCAUUUGAUAGAAGGCACAGGUAUGGAAAGGAAUGCAUAAUCUCAAACAUCAUUCAAAGAGGUAUGAAGAUCAAAGAGAUAAAAGAGAAAAAGAUCAAUAAUGCUAAAUUCACAACGAUGCUAAAAUGA